AUGGUUUAUCGUUCCAUCAGCCGUGACAUCAAGGAACGUGCCCUGGUGCUUCUUCGCGAUGGCUGGGAGCUCGAUGAUGUUGUAGAGGCUCUUGGCGUUCAUUCCAGAAGCAUCGAACGUUGGCUCGACAACUAUGAACAAUACGGGAGCGUAAUUCCAACCAGAUAUCCUCAGGGCCGUCCCCGAAGACUUUCCACCCUGAUUUCGCAGGAACUUUCAUUGCUUAUACAAGAAUCUCCCUCCCUCUUCCUGGAUGAGAUUGUUGAAUGGCUUGCACUAAUGCAUGAUCAGCCAAUGCCACUGUCCACACUCUGCGAUAAUCUGGAGGAUCUUGGGCUGCGGAGGAAGGUUCUCAGACGGAUUGCGCUUCAGCGCGAUGAAGGGUUGCGAACUGCCUGGAUGGAUCGCAUCCUUAGGAUAUUUACGGCGGAGCAGAUGGUCUUUAUAGAUGAAUCCAUCCUCCCGGCGUUGACUCUUGAUGGCUACAUUGCUCUUCGUGUGGUCCCUGGCUCUGUGGAUGGCGAUGAGCUCUACGAUUUUGUCCUUUAUGACCUGUUGCCCAGGAUGAAUGCCUUCCCAGCACCCUGUAGCGUUCUCAUUUUAGACAAUUGUAACACCCAUAAAAGUGAUGCAUUGCGAGAGGCUGUUGAA